UAGUUUUUUUAUACAAGUUUCGGGUUUUUAGGAUAAAUUAUAUUUUUAACAUGAUAAGAAAUUGUUUGGGUGUAAUUAUAAUUUUAGCCUUAACAACCAUACCGGUAACACCAGUAGAAAUCGAAAAAAGAAUCGAAGGCCUAAAACAGGAGAUCUUCCACAAAAUAGAAGAUGAAAGAAAAGAGGCCGCCAAAGAAACUACCACAACAGCACAGACUAAAAAACGUCAUCCUGAUUAUUACGACUACAUGGUUCCACAAGAAGAUAACGGACUUAUAAAACCAAUAAUACAUCAUGAACACAAAAAAAAACAUCAUAAACAUAAGUCAGUUACGUCAAAUUUGACAGCUACAGUUACGUCAAAUUUGACAGCUACAACACCAAUGAUUAAAAAAAUAAAACAAGUGAAGAAGAUACACAAUUUGACGGAAAGAAUUAUGCCUAAGAAUUCAAGUAAGGUGACGCCAGCUAAGAAUUUUUUUAGAAGGUUUUAUUUAGAUGAGGAAGAGAGGAAUAAACCACAGAAAUGGACGCAUUGCAUAGAUUUGGUUACUCCGCGUUUGAAAGGGAUUAAAGAUGAUUGGAAGCUAAAAUUAGUUACUAGUAAUGAUCCGGAUAUAAAACGAUUGUCACAUUUGCUAAGCUUAAACACAUCAGAAUAUACGAAGGAAGAGAUUGUAUCAGUUUUGUACCAAAUAAGUAACAUCCAUUUACGAUUAUUUCAAUGGGAUUAUACUGCCCUCACAACUAUAUUUAAUGUCAUAAUACCAGGGUCAAUACAUAGUUUCGGGACUUUAAAGCGAGCAAUAAAAGAGUUGUUCAUAAAGUGGCAUCUCGAUACUAAUAUGUUAGACGUGUUUCUGAAGCAGGCGAGGAUUUUUAGACCCCCGUGCAUUGAUAUUUCUGAAUACGGAGGUUCAACAAAAACAACCGGGGGUGUACGUUGGUCCAAGAAUACUCCGAAAAAGGAUUCCGACGACGAAGAUUGUGAUGACUAAAGUGCAAACAAAAUGGCGGCUCGCAACAUAAUUCGUCAAAAUCGAAUAGAAAUCGAAUCGCAAUAUGAUCGCAAUAGCAGUUUUAACCAUAUCGGGCAUUCUGCUACUAAUAUAAGACCAAUCGUAUUCCAACGACAUUCGAUUGGUUUGCGAUUGGUCUGCUUUUUUGGUGAUUUUGAUCUAUACGGUAGUUUGCUCUACAAUCAUUAUUGCAAUCGUAAAUCAUUUGCAGACAAAAUUAUUCAUUAUUGAAUGACAUAAAACGAUAAAAACGUUUAUUUCAAAGAAAAAAUAGCGGAAUGCCACAUAACGUGUCGAACAGUCGAACGUGAAUCGUAUGUCGCUUAAGUAAAAUUAGGAGAGUCGGGCCCCAGAGCACAAGUGCGCGCAUGAUACCUUUUCUAUGGAAAACUAGCGAACCGCUCCGGCUUCGCACGGGAUAACAGUAUUUCCCCACUAUUUAUUGUGUUAUAAACCUUUCUCUUUAAUCACUCAAUCUAUUAAAAAAAACUUCAUGAAAAUCCGUUGCGUAGUUUUGAAGAAUUAAGCGUACAAAAGGACAACGGGACAUAGGGACAGAAAAAGCGACGUUGUUUUAUACUAGGUAUGUAGUGAUCAUCAAAUGACGGCUCCCGCUGUGGGUGCAGCGUGAGGAAGUGUCAGACUCUUACUGACUAAAGCCCACCAUGCUCCUUCUUAAGCCCUUUAUGUACCAGAGCCGCGGUAACUCGCGCGAACAAUCCCGCAGCCCCGACAGGUCCCUCUGAUCCCUAAAUAUGGUUUCUGCGCAGCGAUUUGUACGAUGUCCCGAGCCGCCAAAAAGUAUGGUGAAUAUUUUUGGACAAUUUGUUAGUUUAGUGUUGUUUAGACCUGCUGAAAAUAUUGUUAUAUAGUUAUCGGCACGGGUAUUGAACUCUCGGCGGAAGAGUGGGGAUCGCUUUGCGCACUGUACACUUAAGGCAAUAAACCAAUAAAUCGCUUCUGCGCAGGUGAAGGUCAGGGCUCAAUAUCCGUGCCGAUAACUAUACCUAUUACUUUCUAUGUACUCCGACUAUGUAGA